AUGGCCUCCUCCUCCGCCCCUGCCACUGCAGCAGCAGCACCGCCGCCCGCCGACGCGCCCAUCGAUGCGCUCCUCUUCGUUGCGCGCGAGUGCUUUGUGUACAAGGUGCCGCCACGCGCCUCGCUGGCCGGCUACAAGGCGGCCGAGUGGGGCGACAUGGAGGCAUUUCUGUGGAAGGGCCGUCUGCGCAUCGUCGAGCACGGCGCCGCGUGCAGCAUCCGGCUCGAGGACGGCGACAGCGGCGAGCUCUUUGCGCGCGCGCCGUACGACGCAGACGGCACGGCCGUCGAGCCCGUGCUCGACUCGAGCCGCUACUUUGUGCUGCGUGUGCAGGGCGAGGAUGGACGGCGCGCGUUUGUCGGCAUGGGCUUCCUCGACCGCUCCGACGCCUUCGACUUCAACGUCGCGCUGCAGGACUGGACGAAGUGCGUGUGCUCCUCGCAUGCGUCUCUGUCUCCCGCUGAUGAUCGGCCUCCCAGGCGCGCGCGCGCCGCUGCCUCGCCCGCCGCCGCCGAGGAGGCCGGGCCGUCGCCGCACGCGCCGCCGCAGGGCACCGACUACAGCCUCAAGGCCGGCCAGACGUUUGCCGUCAAGCUGCCGGGCGCCGCGGCGCGGCGGAAGGACAAGCCGGCGGCCACCGCCGGCGCGCCUGCCUUUGGCGCCGGCGGAGGCCUGCUGCCGCCGCCGCCGCCGGGCCGCCGGGCGUGA